AUGCCGAUGGAGCCUGGAGUUGAUGUCGGAACAAAUGAAUCAAAGUUCUUGCACAAUUUGACCAUUCAAAUGUUUGCCAAAAAUCGUAUAGAAACCUUGGCCGCUUAUGGAAUAAAUACUGAACUGCAAGAAUUGCGGGUGGCCAAGUCCAUUGAGCAAUCGUUGAUGGAGGAGUUCCAAGUUCCAAUCGUCGUUUGGGGACUGAGACGGAAUAUCAGUCUUAGACAUCUUCUUGGAUAUAAAACCUUGAUCUGCGUUAGCAUAAGUAGUGUUCGGACCGAGGAGGAGCCCAUUUUCGAUGUGCUAAAUGAUGGCUUGGUUGGCUUGCAUUAUGUUCCGAUGCUUUUUAUCUACAAGCGUUCUCAAAAUACUCCGCCCACAAGAAAAAUGCUGAAAGUAUUUUUCGCCUGGUGCUGGCAGCACAGGUUCACCAAUGUGUAUCUAACAUUUCGGUAUUUUCUGUUGAGUAAUUCUUCUGAUAAAGAUAGUGGUUAUUGGCGGAAUGAUCUCUAUAGCUAUACGCCGUUCCCUAAACUCACCCUGCGGAAUCUAACCGAAACGGGCUAUGAUCCUGUCGAUAUAAUGAUGGAUCUAAGGGGCUAUCAGUUUCGUGUGCCUGUAUUUCAGGAUCCCCCCAACGUGUUUCAGCAUUCUAAAGGUUAUCUAUCCGGAGCCUUGGGUCUUCUUUUUACCGCGUACGUCCACCAUAGAAGGGGCCGCCUUAUCCUGGAGCCCGUUGACAAUGUGGACAGAUACAACUACCAGGAGGACCUGAUGCUGGCCGCUACCCGAGGCGAGAUUGAGAUAGGCGUACAUCCGUUCUCCUCGAUGCAAAUGAACUCAUCCCUGGUGGCGGGAAGUUUCCAGGUGGGCACCACCAACACCUGUGUUUUAGUGCCAUGGCAGCGGGAACCGCCUCCAACUAGACUUAUUCGGAUUUCUGCAUGUAUAAAUGGUCCCUUUUUCGUAAUAGUCCUGCUGGUGAUGACCGUAUCUUGGCAGAGGGUGACUGGGCAUUGGCGACGGGGCAUUCAUCUCACACUGGUGACCUUCUUUCAGCAAUCGCUGCCGGACAGAUACUUCCGGCGGCUGGAGGAGUCCUACAAAUGCAUCCAUAUUGCUCUUUUAUUUGGCUCCUUUGUUAUGUGGGUAAUGCGCACGGCAAAUCUGUCAUCAGUUUUUACCUCACAGAUGCUUGGGGCGCAAAUCGAAACCGCUGAGGAUUUUCUAGACUCGCCAUUACGGCUCAUGUUGACGGAAAUGGAAGUGGAAAUGUAUUUCACUGCGGGACGGCUGCCUUCGUCUCUGAAGCCACGCCUCCUAGUGGUCAAUAGGACGAUGCUGGUAGAGCACUUGGACAGUUUGAAUACCAGUUACGCCUACUGCACCACAGCGGAGCACUGGAGUGUGGUUAUGCUGCAGCAACGGAGAAUGUUCUGGCCACGAUUUCGAGUGGCCUCGAAGCUCUGCACCACCAAUCAGCUACUACGAUUUCCCGUGCAACGGAAUUCACCCUUCGAACGGAACUUCUACCGCUUUGCCAUUCAUUCGCAGCAAUUUGGAUUCUGGGCCCACUGGAUGCAUCGCGGACUCCGGGAGGCGAUUGCAAUGGGACUAGUGAAGGAACUUACCGAUGACUAUCAGCCAUUUAAGAGUCUCACACUUAAGGAUUUCGAGAUCCUGAUAGAUUGUGCCACCUAUAAGUACACUAUCCGGAUUACUGAGUAUUUGGUGAUCAGGCACUCGACCAUAACAUCCUUAGUCGUUGUGAAAUGGAAACAGGAGCAGAACAGCGAGCAACCAACAUCGGGCAACAGCGGCAGCGACAACUGCAAGUGCAACGCAGAAGACAGGAGCUGGGAGAAGCAGCAGGAUGCUGUCACUUCCGGCCACCUUCUGAAAGUACAUUGCAAGAAAAAAUACUACUAA